CCGGGCGCCCAGGGUGGCGGCGCCUGCGGCCGAGCGCCGGGAGCAGGUAGUGUUGGUGCUUCUUUUCAGUGCCAGUCCAUCCAUCACGACCACAUUUGUCAUGAUGACAGUGACAAGAGUGAAGAUAGUCCGAGUCCCAAGAGACAGCGCCUCUCUCAUUCAGUCUUCGAUUAUACAUCAGCGUCACCAGCUCCCUCACCACCAAUGCGACCAUGGGAGAUGACAUCAAAUAGGCAGCCCCCUUCAGUUCGACCAAGCCAACAUCACUUCUCAGGGGAACGAUGCAACACACCUGCACGCAACAGAAGAAGUCCUCCUGUCAGGCGUCAGAGAGGAAGAAGGGAUCGUCAGUCUCGACUUAAUUCCAUUAGUCAAGAUGAAAAUUAUCACCAUCUCCCUUAUGCACAGCAGCAAGCAAUAGAAGAACCUCGAGCCUUCCACCCUCCGAAUGUAUCUCCCCGUCUGUUACACCCUGCUGCUCAUCCACCCCAGCAGAAUGCAGUAAUGGUUGACAUACAUGAUCAGCUCCAUCAGGGCACCGUCCCUGUUUCUUACACAGUAACAACAGUGGCACCACAUGGGAUUCCCCUCUGCACAGGCCAGCACAUCCCUGCUUGCAGUACACAACAGGUCCCAGGAUGCUCUGUGGUUUUCAGUGGACAGCACCUCCCUGUCUGUAGUGUGCCUCCUCCAAUGCUUCAAGCAUGUUCUGUUCAGCACUUACCAGUACCGUAUGCUGCAUUUCCACCCCUUAUUUCCAGUGAUCCGUUUAUUUUACAUCCUCCCCAUCUUUCUCCUCAUCAUCCUCCUCAUUUGCCACCUCCAAGCCAGUUUGUCCCUUUCCAAACACAGCAGUCACGAUCGCCUCUGCAAAGGAUAGAAAACGAAGUGGAACUCUUAGGAGAACAUCUUCCUGUGGGAGGUUUUACUUACCCUCCAUCUGCCCAUCCCCCGACAUUACCUCCAUCAGCUCCUUUGCAGUUCCUAACACAUGAUCCUUUGCAUCAGGAGGUUUCGUAUGGAGUACCUUAUCCUCCAUUUAUGCCUCGGAGGCUCACAGGACGCAGUAGAUACAGAUCCCAGCAGCCCAUACCACCACCCCCCUACCAUCCCAGCUUACUACCAUAUGUGUUAUCAAUGCUUCCAGUGCCACCUGCAGUGGGCCCAACUUUCAGCUUUGAAUUGGAUGUGGAAGAUGGAGAAGUAGAAAAUUACGAGGCCCUGUUAAACCUAGCAGAGCGACUGGGAGAGGCCAAGCCUCGAGGACUGACUAAAGCAGAUAUUGAACAACUUCCUUCUUACCGGUUCAAUCCUAACAACCACCAGUCAGAACAGACUUUGUGUGUAGUAUGCAUGUGUGAUUUUGAGUCAAGGCAGCUACUUAGAGUUUUACCCUGUAACCAUGAGUUCCAUGCCAAGUGUGUCGACAAAUGGCUUAAGGCAAAUCGUACUUGCCCAAUCUGCCGAGCUGAUGCUUCAGAAGUGCAUCGGGAUUCAGAAUGACCAACCUAAGAGCACAAAUUUAGUUUGGGUGUUCCUCAUCACAUGUAUAUACGGACUAUCCAUUGAACUUAAUCUGUGUGGCUUCCAGCCCUCCCUUUACCAAAAGGGUCAAUGGACCUUUCUUUGCACUGUGUGACUUAAUCAACUAUAAAAGCUUACAAUUAGUCUUCACAAUUAUGGGAUUGUUAUACUAACCGUGUGAUUGGAACUCCAAAGACUUUUUCUUUAGCUUAAUUUUGUGUGUGCACUAACAUUCCCUGGUUUUUGUGUGAUCAUUCCGAGUGUUGCUGCAAGAUUACAGUGGACGUGAUCUUUUAGCAUGUGCUUUCAUAAAAAGUGGUAGCUCCAGAUGAUAUAGCAAUCUACCUUAUAUAGAGCCUUCAGAAACUGUGAGUGGAAAUGAGUGCAGCGUAUGACUGUUGAUGGUAAAUGUAUCUGUGUGUGUGUGAGAGAGAGAACGUGUGAAACUACUUGUGUGAGGGCAUGGUAGCUAACGUGUGUAUGAGAUCCUAUAUACCAGCAUGUACCAAGAAUGUGUGUGUAGUUUUAAUUAUGCUGCAAUGUAUAAUCUGGUGUGUUAUUUAAACAGCACUAGUACUGUACACUGGUUUUUCCCCUUGUGUUUGCUGUUGCACACUGAUUGCUAAGGGUGCAUCAACUAUAAGCAUUGAAUACUCCAUCCCCCUCCGUCCCAGUGAAUGGAAUGAGAAAAGCCUUCUUCCUUUGCUUCAGGCAGCUGUCACCUUCUCUUUGUUGGUGGUCCCAACUGGGUCACUUAAGGAAAAAGUGUAAUAGAUUCUCACUCCAUGAACCUGAAAUUUUGAUUUUUGUUGUGAAAAAGAAAUUUUUAAAUCUCCAACUUGCUGUUUCCAAAAAGAAGGUGCAAUAUCAUACAUCAUCAGUUAGCAAUAUUAGCAUUUCAAUCAGUGAUUUGAAUGUUGAUACUCUCUUGGUUUUCCUUUACAUUUUCAGUAAGCUUCUUAGCCGGAUGUGCUUGUGAUUUUUUUUUUUUUCUUUUAAUGUUUAGGUUUGUAGUCUAUUCUGAAGAUAUUUGAGUAAUAUAUUUCUAAGAAUACCACUGGUCCCAUGAAGUCUCACCUCCUCUACUUCCACCAGAAAAAAAUCUGUUAACUCAGCUUGACUUCUGAUAUGUUAUUUGUUCAAGCUCCCAUAGGCAACUAAAUUGUUUUAAGAAAACUAUGUUUCUGUUCUGCCAAGCUCCAAUUCUGAAAGUUGUCUAGUUCUUCUCCCCUCAGUAAACGUGCUUCUCAUUGAAACCCUCAUUUCCAGGAUGGAUCAAGUGCUGUGACAGCUCAAGCUCCUUAGACCUGGUGUGCUUUGAUGUAUUAUCACUUUUCUUUUUUGUUGAAUGAGAAAAAAUUAAUAU